AGUAACACUAAGCAUAAUGGGGAAAGAACACGAGCAUUCAUCUUUCCAAAAAGACAAUGCAUCCCUUACUGCUUCUGUUUCGUAUCCAUCUAAAAAACGAAGGCUUACCAGGUCUCCCACACCUCACGCCCUUGCAGACUGCCCUUCAAUCACUGUUUUGGAUAAUAGCGACAACAUUGAUGCCAACAGCAGUAGCAACAGAGGCAUCAGCGAUAAUAAUAACAACAACCAGAUCACUUCAUGCAAAUCACCUGCUUCAUCCUCUUCGCUAACGAGCACUAUCGCCGAGUCUAUUAAAACGAGUAGUAAUAUGUCUCAAUCAGCAGGCCUUAGCCUUUUCGACUCUUUGGCCGGACUAACACCUGAAGCUGUCGAGCUUGCUAGGGCCACCAGGGAGAAUACAAAGGCCAACAGUCUUAUCGGACGGCCUGAAUUUUGGUCUUCACCUUUCAGAAGAUCCGACUCAAAGUCAGUAAGAAAUGCUUCUCCAUUAACUCAAUCCAAUUCAUCUGGCCCUCACUUAAAAUUGUCUGCGUAUUCAAUUAUGAGACACUCCUCAGCUAUCACCAACGACAGUCCAAGGACUCCACCAAAUAAUGUACUAUACAUGGAUAGCGAUGACAUGCUCGAUGACCAAGAUGAAACUCUAGCGGAUCCAUCAGUCGCUGAUUCACCAACGUCGCUGCCAUUAUCUUCAGAACCAAGUGAUACGUCCUUACUCUCGUCACAGGAAUUUGAUGCUGAUAUAGAGUUUCAUACAAAAAAGAGACGUAUUUCUGGCCAAGACAAUACCUCUCCCCAUUCCUUGCCCUACACUCAGCCUUCAGUAUCGCCUCCACAGACGCAGUUUCAACAGCAAUCGCCAAAACCCUCUUUCUCAGAAAACAAAGAAUCACCUGUUACGAGUCCUCUUAAAAAGACAGUGCGAUUCGAUGACUCCAAAAACUCUAUCUUUGGUUAUGAACAUGGAUCCACUAUUAUAUCUUCCAAAGAAAACAAUGCCUUGGAGUACUGCAGUGACAGCGACUACACCGAAGAUGAGAGGGAUGAAGAUCUUGAGGUCGAUCAAUACAAUCCUCAGCACCAUAUGCACCAUGGAAAAGCAUGCGUUGGACCAGAUGAUCAAUACCCAAACCCUCCACCAUGGUGGAGCUGGUCUUCAUUAUUGAUAGUCCCUGGACUAUCGAGCCAACCGACCCAAGCAAAUAUUGAUGCUUCUUCUCAUUCGGCUCAGGGCACCCGACGCACCGCUGGUUCGAAUACAUCUCCCUCCACAUCUACAGCGACUAAUGAGAACGCUCUCAAUCUUUCGCAGACCUCCCAAUCAGAUAAUUUUAACAGCAAUCAUAAUACUUUUUUGAACAUCGCCUCCAGCCUCGAUCGGCUAUGGAGCUCAGCUCAAGCCCGUACGGCCCAUACGCCCGCCCUGACCGCUCCCAGCUGUUCUGAACCACUUGGUUCAUUGGCUUCCUCACCCUCCCCAGAGCCCCUAUUUGAUCAAACUAUAUUCUCCACGACGAACCCUCCAAAGGUACCUCUUUUGAAGCAUCAAUUAUCUGCGCCAGCGGUAGGAAGCGCUAGCACAUCAGCGGCGGCGACAAUAGAGUCACCAAAAAGCAUAGUUAAGCCGCCUUUGUUAUGGCGUCAAGGUUCACAAAUCACUCUCCUUGACGACAUGAAUGAGCAAGAUGCAGAGCGGGAAAUCACCGAUAUAGUAGGCUCAACAGCUUUAAGUAAACGUCUUGACUCAUCGUUCCUUGAUUAUCAGACUAAUGAAUGUGAUGAUACGGACAUUGUAAUGGGCGAAGUGCUUCCGAUGGAUUCAUUAGAACAACAAGUUAGCCAAGUACGUCCGAAGAGUCCCCAGAAGCGUGCUUUUUCAAGAGAAAGGGCCAGAAGCCACGGAGGAAUGGGUCGUGCUCCGCAAAAAUCGGAGAGUGGUUCAAUAGAACCAUUUGUGCCGCCUAGGAUGGUACGAGCGGCCUCUUUCUCGAUUCAAUGUCAAACAGUACGGCCUAUUCUCCGGCGAGAGGCUUCGACGACAGCACUAUUGGACAGCCUCACUUAG